AUGGCCGAUGGAUACCGCCUCACCAAUCUCUUCGGCGGCGCGGUCCAAUGUCCACUCCCCGCCACAUUUGCAGACGUCAGCGAGAUUCGUCGAGUCCCUGAUAAUCAAGAAGUCUGGCUUGACACUAAUGGCUUAACCUCCGUGGUGUUCGAUAUACUUGAGCGGGUCGAUGGGAUGAGUGAUGUGGACGCAUUGCAGUUCCAUCUCGACGACAUCACGGAGGAGAGUGGUGCGGAAAUAGAUGGGGAGGUGACAGUUCUUAUGAAGGGGGAGGUGCGCUUUCAGAAGCAGGGCACGAAAGCAUACGGGCUGCUGGCUACAUCACUGCCCGGCGAGAAGCAGCGCGGACGUGAUAACGAGCCCGAUUUUGUUGCCUUGCUCCUACUGCUUGUAAGGCUGGUGGAGCAAGCGACUGAUUUGAUUAUCACCGUCAAUGUGCCGCAUGUGGCCGGCACCUAUGAUUCUGGGGAGGUGAAGCCUGAGCAGGGCAGGUACGGAGGGCUGUUGCUGAGGGGGUUGGAGAUCAGGGAGAAGAUCAUUGAAGGGUUCCAGAUUGUGGACUGGGGCCUUUUUGGGGAGGAUUAA